GUCAGUCUCGCGCCACAGCUGAGAACAGAUGGAGUACCGCUGAUUCUACAGCUGCCAGGAAAGCGGGAAAAAGAAGCAUUUUCUGAUGAAUCCAAAGAAAUCGCUCAUACAUUGUCUUCCUCAGGAGUUGAAAUGGAACGUUUGUGUGUGAUUCUCUUGCUUGUAAGUAAAACUUUCAUAGCGAAUGCUCAAUUCAAUGGGUUCAACUGUGAUGCCAACUUCCACAGCCGCUUCCCCGCCGAGCGGGACAUCAGUGUGUAUUGUGGAGUUCAAACCAUAACUCUGAAGAUUAAUUUUUGCCCGGUGCUUUUUUCUGGCUACACUGACACUGACCUGGCAUUGAAUGGGCGUCACGGGGAUGCCCACUGCAGAGGCUUCAUCAACAACAACACGUUCCCCACGGUUGUGCUGUUUAGCAUCAGUCUCAACACCCUGGAGUCUUGCGGAAACUCACUGGUGGUCUCUACGGCUCAUGGGCCCAACGCCUAUGGGAAUCUUUCCCUGGUCCAGAUUGGGAAUAUAGCAGGAUACAUUGACACUCCGGAUCCCCCGACCGUCAUCAGUUACCUACCAGGACUGCUUUACAAGUUCAGUUGUAGCUACCCGCUGGAAUACCUGGUCAACAACACACAGCUUGCUUCGUCGGCCGCAGCGAUAUCAGUGAAGGACAGUAAUGGUACUUUUGUGAGCACGCUCAAUUUGCUUCUAUAUAACGACUCCUCAUACAUUCAGAACCUCGCCAUCCCAAUGUCUGGACUUACUCUGAAGACGCGAGUGUUCGCCGCUGUAAAAGCCACCAACCUAGAUAGGAGGUGGAACGUUCUGAUGGACUACUGUUACACCACUCCCUCUGGAAAUCCUAAUGAUGAGCUGCGAUAUGAUCUUUUCUUUGGAUGCGAUAAGGACCCACAGACGACGGUGUUUGAGAACGGGAAGAGCCAGAUGGGUCGCUUCUCCUUUGAGGUGUUUCGCUUUGUCAAGCACAAAAACCAGAAAAUGUCGACUGUUUUUCUGCACUGCGUGACCAAGCUGUGUCGCUCUGAUGACUGCCCCAUGCUCCUGCCCAUCUGCGGUAAGAGGAAGAAAAGGGAUGUGUCAGAAAGAAGCGGUGGUGCCUCAGACAAUGCAGUUAUAACCGCUGGACCCAUCAUCACCCGAAGUGAUGAAACUCCCGGUAAUAUAUCCCAACUAGCGCAGUUAAACGGCCCUCCAUUCAAAAUGAAUUCAGUGACGAGCGCUUUAAUUUCUGCCAUCGCGAUCCUCGCCGUUAUGAGCAUGUGUUUCUUCAUCUUGUCUAUGUCGCUGCUGAGGGGAAAACAGACGCCAGCAACAUCUCUAUCAGGAUCCCACAACCCAGCGUUCAGCUAAAUGCAAACACACACACACAUAUAUAUGACUGUUCAUUCAGCUAAACAAUAGCACAAUACCCAUGUGCAGAGCUCUUCGGUUACAAACUCAUGCAGUACAGGGAAAUAAUAUCAUGAUAUCACUCUACACAGCCUUUAGCUAGGUACAGUUGCCUUUAUUUGUUACAAAGCAACUUAACACAUAACACACAAUUAAACAAUAAGUCUUUAAAAUAGUUCUCAAGCAGGAAUGAUGCCUGGUUUUAGACUCAUUUUAAUUGUUUAUGUAAUGUUAUUUUAUUUUAUGAAAUGUAAUUUCAACAAAACCACAUGAGAUUCCAGUUAAACCUUUUAAACACAUGAACACCAAAAGACUAUUGAUGUUUUUGGAAAACAUUACCAGUGGAAUAAGUUGAUAAUGGUUUAUAAUGGAUUUUUAAAAUGGCCUUGGUAAAUCAAAAACUAAAUUUACAUCCACACCACAAGGUGUCAGUAUCCAAGGACUUUUUUUACAUCAGCGCUGGCUCAUGAAGUAUUUCGUCCCUUUUAAUUUUUCAAUGGGGAUUUAAAAAGUCUCUGUAAAAGCAUUUUAAGUCAUGAAGCAAAUCAAUUAAACAAAUAAUACAUUUUAAGCAACAUCGUGAAUUAAAAUUUGAACGAAAAAGUUCUUGGACUUCAGGACAUGAAGAAGAAAAAAAAUGUAUAGUACA